GACCGGGAGCUCAGAGGCGGGACUUCCUGUGUGCUCGCCGAAAGAGCUUCCGGUGUGAAGCGGAAGUCCCCCUGGGAGCAGCCGCCGCGGAGACCCGUGGCACCGGCUGUUUGGUGCUGUCGCUGCCAUGGGCAAAAGAGACCGGGGGGACCGCGAUAAGAAGAAGUCCAAGAAGCGGCACUACGAGGAUGAAGAAGAUGAUGAAGACGACGUCCCUGGGAACGACUCUCAGGAAGCGGUCCCCUCGGCGGCCGGGAAGCAGGUGGAUGAGUCCGGCACCAAAGUGGAUGAAUAUGGAGCCAAGGACUACAGGCUGCAGAUGCCGCUGAAGGACGACCACACCUCGAGGCCUCUCUGGGUGGCUCCUGAUGGCCACAUCUUCUUAGAAGCCUUCUCUCCAGUUUACAAAUAUGCUCAAGACUUCCUGGUGGCCAUCGCAGAGCCAGUGUGCCGACCAACCCACGUGCAUGAGUACAAACUGACUGCCUACUCCCUGUAUGCAGCUGUCAGUGUUGGGUUGCAAACCAGUGACAUCACUGAGUACCUCAGGAAGCUCAGCAAGACGGGAGUCCCUGAUGGAAUUAUUCAGUUUAUUAAGUUGUGUACUGUCAGCUAUGGAAAAGUCAAGCUGGUCCUGAAGCACAACAGGUACUUCGUUGAAAGUUCCCACCCUGAUGUCAUCCAGCAUCUUCUCCAGGAUCCAGUGAUCCGGGAAUGCCGCCUGCGGAACUCUGAGGGGGAGGCUACAGAGCUCAUCACAGAGACCUUCACCAGCAAGUCUGCUAUUGCCAAGACUGCUGAAGGCAGUGGUGGGCCUUCUACUUCCCGGGUGACAGACCCACAGGGUAAAUCUGACAUCCCCACGGACCUGUUUGACUUUUAUGAACAAAUGGACAAGGAUGAAGAAGAAGAAGAAGAGACCCAGACAGUGUCUUUUGAAGUCAAGCAGGAAAUGAUUGAGGAACUCCAGAAACGUUGCAUCCACCUGGAGUACCCUCUGUUGGCAGAAUAUGACUUCCGGAAUGAUUCUGUUAACCCUGAUAUCAACAUUGACCUGAAACCCACAGCUGUCCUUAGACCUUAUCAGGAGAAGAGCUUGCGGAAGAUGUUUGGGAAUGGACGUGCUCGUUCUGGGGUCAUUGUUCUUCCUUGUGGUGCUGGGAAGUCCCUGGUUGGCGUGACAGCUGCAUGCACGGUGAGAAAGCGCUGUCUGGUGCUGGGCAACUCAGCUGUGUCUGUGGAGCAGUGGAAAGCCCAGUUCAAGAUGUGGUCCGCCAUCGACGACAGCCAGAUCUGCCGCUUCACCUCCGACGCCAAGGACAAGCCCAUAGGCUGCUCCAUUGCCAUUAGCACCUACUCCAUGCUGGGCCACACCACCAAAAGGUCCUGGGAGGCUGAGCGAGUCAUGGAGUGGCUCAAAACUCAGGAGUGGGGCCUCAUGAUCCUGGAUGAAGUCCAUACCAUACCAGCCAAGAUGUUCCGACGGGUGCUCACCAUCGUGCAGGCCCACUGCAAGCUGGGUUUGACUGCAACCCUCGUCCGGGAAGAUGACAAAAUCGUCGAUUUAAAUUUUCUGAUUGGGCCCAAGCUCUACGAAGCCAACUGGAUGGAGCUGCAGAACAACGGCUACAUAGCCAAAGUCCAGUGUGCUGAGGUCUGGUGCCCAAUGUCUCCUGAGUUUUACCGGGAGUAUGUGGCAAUUAAAACCAAGAAACGAAUCUUGCUGUACACCAUGAACCCCAACAAAUUCAGAGCUUGCCAGUUUCUGAUCAAAUUUCAUGAAAGGAGGAAUGACAAGAUUAUUGUCUUUGCUGACAACGUGUUUGCCCUGAAGGAAUAUGCCAUUAGGCUGAACAAACCCUAUAUCUAUGGUCCUACAUCCCAAGGAGAGAGGAUGCAGAUUCUCCAGAAUUUCAAGCACAACCCCAAAAUCAACACCAUCUUCAUAUCCAAGGUGGGCGACACAUCGUUUGAUCUGCCAGAAGCAAAUGUUCUCAUUCAGAUCUCAUCUCAUGGUGGCUCCCGGCGGCAGGAGGCCCAGAGGCUGGGGCGAGUGCUCCGAGCCAAAAAAGGGAUGGUUGCCGAGGAGUACAAUGCCUUCUUCUACUCGUUGGUGUCCCAGGACACACAGGAAAUGGCUUACUCGACCAAGCGGCAGAGGUUUUUGGUAGAUCAGGGUUAUAGCUUUAAGGUUGGUGAAUUCCCUUUAUUAGCCACAGACAAGAGGUCAGGGCUGUCCAGCCCCUCCUUCCUUAGCCAGAAGCAGUGACAGUUUCCGACUUGUCAUGCUGAGCUGGAGGACAGGAUACUUGACCGCAUUUUGAAGGAUUUGCAUGAUGGCCUGUUUAUGUAUCUGUAAAAAGUAUGCGGUGAUGGCAGCAUUCAUACCUCCUGAUCCGUGGGAGAGUCAAGGACGAGACAAGCACCAAAUGAGGGAGUGUUCUGGGUUCUUUGAAAGGAGAGCCGGGCAGAAAGGCACAUGGGCGUGUGAUGGUCUGUGUUGGGUGGAGCAGUCUUUGCCUUCCUGGCCUUGCCUUCAGCACUGUGCACUGAGAGCAGCCAGGUCAGAGUUCCCAGAAUCCUGACGCCGGAGUUCCCAGAGGGGUGGUCGGGCCAGGGCAGAAAUGCCCGGUAUCUGUGCUCCGGGUCUGCGGCCACUUGAAGGGCUCAGCCACGUCCCUACUUCUGGGACUUUUCUUUCAAUUAAAAUGAUGAGAAGAAUUAAAGGGGGGCAAAAAGAUUUCUCUACACCAUCAGCCCAGGCUUUCCUGAGGGAUAGGUAGGCUGUGUAGUAAGUUACCCCCAAAGAAAGGAAAACCAAACCUCUGUCUUAGAAAAAAUCUUGUAAAUCCAUGUGGACAGGCUCUCAUUUCUAAGUGCUCCCUCCCGCUGGAAGCCCUGGCCACCGAGCCCGGGAGGCUGAAGACCGUGCCCUCGGGCAGCAGGCCGUGCCUGUCUUUGGUCCCUUCCUUUAUCUGGCGCAGGCUGGAAAACUGCCAGAAGGGACAUUUUAGAGCCACCGAGGCCCCCAGUGAUCUUCUGUAAGCGAUCCUGUAUCUGCUGUUGGGGGAGUGGCUUUCUCUGGAAUCCCCUUCGCCUCUCGUGCCCUGCAGUCACUAGUUGAGCCCCACAUUGCAGGGGGCUCCCAAGCUGGUCUCUGAAAUGCCGGGGAGGAGCUCUCCGUGGUUGGGCGCCUGCUCAGCUGGGCCUGGGGGAGGGCAAACAGAAGGGGACAUGGGGCCUGCG